AUGGGUCACUGCAACACCAAUGAUGUUUUGAAAUUGGAAAAUGUUGUAGAAGGUAUGGAAAUUACAGAUAAAUCCAGUUUUAGAUGCGACAUCUGUAGUAUGGGAAAGAUGUCUCAAUCUCGAAACAGGGAAAAAGACGAGGAAGUGAACACAGAUAAUAAUCGUGAAAGUCAGGUUGUUCAAACUGAAACCAGAUAUCCCAAAAGAGAUAGAAAACCGCCGAAGCGUUUUGAUGAAUACUAUUCGAAUAACGAAAUUGAAAAUGAAACAGACUAUUGUUGUAAAAUGUCUAUUACACCACAGACUUACAGUGAAGCAAUGUCAUCACCAUAUUCCGCUGAUUGGUAUAAAGCAAUGAAAAUUGAAAUUGAUUCCUUAAUAGAAAACAACACAUAUGAACUUAAACAAUUGCCUGAAGGCCGAAAGUCAGUGGGGGGGAAAUGGGUUUACUCCAUAAAAUUGGAUAAAGAUGCUAACGAACAAUUUGCACCAACAGCUCGUUUUACAUCGCAACUGGAAUUGUUUACUUCACAAUUUCAUAAUCGAAAAUAA